AUGAAGAUGGUGCAGCGCGACCUGCGGCUCUACACCCUGUCUGCGUAUGCGGAUGAGGCAUUCCACCGCUCCAAGCUGGAUGUGGUCGAGGAUCGAGGUAACCUGGAUGGCACACCUGAUGAUCGUAUCCAGGAGGAGUUCCAGGCUUUGAUUCGUAGUCUGAAUCCCUGUGAUCUGUGCGAUGAUAAGGAAAUAUUCGCCCAUCCCGCUCGGAAUGUGGCCUGUCUAGUUUUCGACGAGGCUACGAUCUCAACGCUCGCCAACCUCUUCUUUCCAGAAAACCGGAUGGAUUACUACGAGGCAUUUAGCGAUGUGACUAUCAAAGCCGUGGACAUUUGGUGGCAAUGUUCUUCCGCGAACCCUGAAUCAAGCUAUCGGCGUAGGAAAUUGCCCCAUUGUCGCGUUUGA